AUGGCGGCCAAGCUUGAUUUUACCACCUUUCGCAACGUCAUUAAUGGCAAAUUGACCUCCGCGGCAGUAACUCGCCAUAGCUUUAACCCUUCCACUGGCGAGCCGAAUCCUCAGGUCCCAAUCUCAACCGCUGAAGAUGUAGACGCUGCCGUGGCUGCUGCCCAGGAGGCGUUCAAGUCAUGGUCCAAGACUUCCCACGAAGAGAGAGCAAAGGCUGUUCUUGGUCUUGCAGAUGCCAUCGAGGCGCAUGCAGAGCAGUUCUUGGACCUUACUAUUCGUGAGCAAGGGAAGCCGAAACUAAUCGCAGGUUUCGAGAUUCAAGCAGCUGUCGCAAACCUUCGUGCCAAUUCCAAGCUUGAGUUGAAGCCAACUGUCCUCGAAGACACCGAAGAAAAGAAGGUCAUCCAGCGCUUCACACCUUUGGGUGUCGCUGUUGGAAUUGUUCCUUGGAACUUUCCCUUGAUGAUUGCUUGCCAAAAAAUCGGCCCUGCUGUCAUGUCCGGAUGCACCACUAUCAUUAAACCGUCACCUUACAGCCCUUACACAGAUCUCAAAGUUGUUGAGCUUGCCCAGCAAUUCUUCCCGCCUGGUGUCGUUCAAGUUCUUAGCGGUGAUGACACACUAGGACCUAUGUUGACGGAGCAUCCUGGCCCAGCAAAGAUCAGCUUCACCGGAUCAUCCUUCACAGGAAAGAAGGUGAUGGCAAGUGCCAGCAAGACUUUGAAGAGAGUCACUCUAGAGCUUGGUGGAAACGACCCAGCCAUCAUCUGUGAAGAUGUGGACUUUGAGAAAGCUAUUCCAAAGAUCGCAUUCACUGCAUUUAUCCAUUCCGGCCAAGUCUGCGCCGCCAUCAAGCGUAUCUUUGUACACGAAUCUAUUCACGAGAAGUUCCGUGAUGCGCUCGUGGAAGCCGUUAAGCAGUUUAAGGUCGGGCCCGGCGACGAAGAAGGCGUUACUCAUGGCCCUAUUCAAAACAUGAUGCAGUUCAACAAGGUAAAGAACCUAUUUGCCGAUAUCGAAAAGGAGAAAUGGACCGUUGCCACUGGUGGCCGAAGUGACCUUGGCCGACCAGGCUACUUCGUCGAGCCUACUAUCAUCGAUAGGCCCCCAAUUGACUCACGUAUCGUUACCGAGGAGCCAUUUGGACCAAUCGUCCCAAUUGUAACCUGGAAUGAUGAGGCAAGCGUCAUCAAGGAAGCUAACAACACUAAGAUGGGUCUCGGUGCUUCUGUCUGGUCAAGGGAUAUAGAACGUGCCCAGCGUAUUGCCGACCAGCUCGAAGCCGGCUGCGUGUGGGUCAACAACCACGCCGAACUGAGCAACAACACUUCGUUUGGUGGACACAAGGAGAGCGGUAUUGGAUAUGAAGGAGGAUUAGGUGGCAUGAUGGGAUACUGCAAUGCUCAGUCUGUCCACAUCACUAAGAAAUAG